UUGAUACUUUAUUUUCGUCAACAAUGGAUAUUGUGGUAACGAAUGGUGAAUGGUUUUGCAUAAGUCAAAGUUGACUCAAAAUAAACGGCAAGUAACUGUCACAACGAAAAUAUUGCGUUGCAGCUUUUUGAUUGUCAUUUAUUUCGCAUGUAAUGCCUGACACAGGUAGAGAAAGUCCUGUUUUCAGAGAGUGCUCGGCAGUAUCACAUAAAGCUCCUUCGUAGUCCUAAAAGACACUCUUCGCUUCACAUCCAAUGGCUGCUGCGUCAGCUAUGUCCUAAACCUUGUCGUCUGCUGACCGAGCGAUUGAAACCACAUCAUUGCCAUGUCGUUUGAGGAGCCUUUGGAAGUGAAACACUGGAAGAGAGAAAGGGUUCUCGGUAGUGGUGGCUUCGGCACCGUUACCCUCUGGAAACAGAAACAUGGAAAUCAAAUGAUCGCGCUCAAGAAGUGCAGAUGUGGGGCUGACUCCCUAUUAACUCCAAAACAAAAGGAGAGGUGGAAAAAAGAGGUAGAGAUAAUGCAGAGGCUAAAACAUCCAAAUGUUGUACGAGCCUUGCCUCUCCCAGAGGAUUUAGCUAAUCUCCCAUCUGUCCUUCCAAUCCUGUGUAUGGAGUAUUGUUCCAAAGGAGACUUGCGCCAGCUGUUGAACCGCCCGGAAAAUUCUUGUGGUUUGCAAGAAACUGAUGUAAGGCAGCUUAUCCAAAAUGUCUCAUCUGCUGUUUGCUACUUACAUUCUGAAAAAAUUACACACAGAGAUUUAAAGCCUGAAAACAUUGUACUUGCUCACAGUGACAAUGGGAUAAUUUACAAGCUCAUCGAUUUAGGUUACGCAAAAGAGUUAGACCAGUCUUCUUGUACUUCUUUUGUCGGAACUCUGCAGUACCUUGCCCCAGAAUUAUUCACAAAUGAAAAGUAUUCAUCAACUGUUGACUACUGGAGCUUAGGUCUUGUGUCUCAUGAAGUAAUAACAGGGAUUCGACCUUUCCUUCCUACUAUGGCUCCUGUAGCUUGGAUGAAGCAUGUAAAGAAAAAAGCACCAGACCAUAUUUGUGCCUACCAGAAGCAAGAUGGAAAGAUUGAAUUCAGUUCUCAAUUGUUUCCUCAAAACCACAUAUCAAGUGUCCUGAAGAAAGAUAUGGAAACAUGGUUAAGGUUAAUAUUGGAGUGGGACCCAAAGAAGCGUGGUCGAAAUUCCAGUGGAGAAGUGAUUGUCUUCUCAAGCAUAGAAACGAUCCUAACAAAACAGACUGUUAGAGUUUUUUCUAUGGUAACCUAUGAGAGACUUAGCUAUGUUGUUGAUGAUACAACAAGGCUCUCUACACUGAGGAAAUGGAUCGAAAGUGAUACGAAAAUUCCCGCUAAAGAACAAGAACUUCUACUGGCCAAGGGACAGCAAAUUGAUUCUGACGGCUUAGUUAGCCAGUGCUUCACUGGUAGCACUCAGGAAUCGCUGUACAUGUGCAAGAAAGGAGUCUUAGAAAUACCAACAAUACCUCCAAAUCUCCCAGAACUUGUUGCCAAUAUAUUGCAGUACCCAAAAGAGAAGAUGGAGUACAUGUUUCAGAGAAGGGCUUACAGUCAUGCUGUGUUUUUCUUGCAACAAGAAAAUAAGCUUUACAAAACCUUUCUGGUUGGCUGCAAACUUAAGUUGCUCUCUGUUGUUCUUCUUUGCCAACAAGCUGUCAGAGAAAGUCAAAAGAUUACAGACCAAUCUAAUGCAGUGACAGCUCUUCGUGAACUAUGUGUUGAUGGCUACAAAUUUGACUUUAAUCAAGCAAAGAAAUCCAAGAUCACAAACAAAGAAAUGGUAGCCUCCUGGCAACAGCAGAUUGACUCAUUAAAUAACAAAUCCACUGAUUUGCUAGAUAAAACACAAAAGCUGACUUUAGAGACUCAAAAAGUCACAAAGCUGGCAAGGAAACUUCAGUCUGCUCAGCCCACCAAUGUCAAAGAAGAGCUCAGUUCUCUAUUGGAAAAAGGUCUUGAUAUUCUGGAUAGGCUCAGAAGGCGGCCAACUGCUGAGCGAUCUUCCCCACAAGAUUCUCUAGACAUGGUGAAAGUUCUCUACAAUUUCUUAAAACAACGAGACUGUCUACUUCAUGACCAAACUUUGAAUAGUCAUUUAAAGCAACUUAUUGACUGUGAGAAUGAACUGGUGAGAUUGUUGCCGAAAUUAGAAGAUAUGACGCAUAAGCUAGAUGUAAUUAAAUCGGAAAUAAUUAACAUAAAUCGUGAAAGACAACGAGGCCUGUGGGACCUUAUAAAUUCAUCAUUUUCUAAUGGAGAAACCUCCAAUCGUUCUUCACCCUUUGAUUCUAACCAUCCUUCUCCUCUCCUCAAUAGCAAUUUAUCCCCUUUCCUGUACCGUAGCCAAUCUACCCGCAGCAUAUACAGCGAAGAUCAUCCACCUCCUAUUCCUCCGCAUGGCAUCAGUCCUGUGACAGCGGCUUCCUCUACAUCCUUAUUUAAUACUUCCUCCCCCUAUCUUUCUGAAGCAAGUCUGUUAAAUCCUCCUUCAUCCCUUCUUCCUGCAUUUGAUGUAUCGGUUCAGCAACAGCCAAUGAGAGCUGAAGCAAAUUUGUCUAGUGAAAAUGACAGUGGUGUUGCAUGGUCUAAAGGUUCCAGAAAAGGGAGCACAUUUUCUCUUUCAAAACAAUCAGGUGAUAAUGAUACACUCACCAUGAUAAAUGACAAUAUGACACUUCGUGUACAGACUCAGGAGCUUCUGGAAAAUUGCAACCGGUUCAGGAAGGCUCUUGGUGAAGAAAGGAACUCAUUAGAUUGGAGUUUUCUCAAGGCUGACACCAACUAGAAUUAAAAUUCGUAUUUUUUACCAGAAUGAGUUGUUGUUUUGUUUGUUUGUUUUUUAAAUUUUGCCUUUGACCAAGAGUGCACUUCAAGAACAAUUUUGGUUGUCCUUAGAGAUGUUACCUGUUCUCCUGUGUGAAUGAGUGUUGAAACUGUUGAAAGUAUCGGAUGACUUAUAAAUUGAGUUUAUGACAAUCUCUGAACAAAGCAAACUUAAUUGUUAGCCUCUGUGGUUGCCUUAUAUAGAUUUGUGCCAUUUCUGUUACUGAUUCUGUGAUUUAUAAAGAGAGCAAAGUUGUUUCGUUUUAGCAUACUGUUUUAUUUUUCAACGAUUGAUCAGAAUUGUUGAAUAUUUUAUCUGAUAAUGGACUGACAUUUCAUGGAUAAUUAAUUACAAAUGUACCAAGUGAACUCUUACAAACAAAUAAUUUUUUCAUGAGUGUUCUGAAAACACUUACCCCUUCAGAGAGGUGUGGAAGAAAGGAAAUCUGGGUAGUACUUCAAGGUUAAAACUUCUUUGAUGUUGUAUUACCUAGCUCAUUGUAAAGAUUUCAAAUGAAUUCUUCUUUUCCUCUUUUAAAAAUCUCAAUGUGUGUGUGUGUGUGUGUGUGAUAAUUUUCUCAGUACACAAUUGAUUUGUUUAAGACAGCAUUACAAUGCACUGAGUAAAAACUUUGUGUAUCCAUUAGCAUUUUCAAUAUAUUUUGUACUACAUAAGUUUGUGAUGCAUUUUAUUAUUUCUUGCUCUUAUUUUUGAACAGUCUCAAUAAUUUUGCUGAAGGCAAGUAUGUUCAAUUUUAAGUUUUGUUUGCAUUUUACAAUAAUUUCUUACAAUGUUGUUUUGUACUUGUGGAUUGGUUGAUUGCGCAUAUAUCAAUACUGAUUUUGUUAAAAUAUGUUUUAAGCAAAGCUGUUUGUGCUCCUUAGAGGGCUAGUUUUUCGCAUCACUGUCGAACCGUCAAUUAAAUUUUAUUGUUGCUAUUAAA